AAUAGACUUCUGGGUAUGUUUCCAAUCUAUGUCACUUUCGGUUGUCAUCCGCAACGAUUUUUGCGUAUAAAGUCAAUAAGGAAGAAUGAGAUAAUCUUUCCAUCGACAAAUAUAAAGAUAAAAACGUCGUAGAUUUGUGUAGGUUCGUCAGAGAUUCGCAGAAUUCUAGUCUUUGUGACAUCGGCGUUUCAAUCCCUUCAGAGAAAUGGCACUCGUACAAGAUUACAAUAUGGAUGGGGAAGACGAUUUGCAAGCGAGCCAAUGGUACGGAGUAAGAGAAGCCACAUUGUUUCUCGUCGAUGCUACACAGAAGAUGUUUGAGGUAGAACCAGAGACCAAGCUCAGUCAUAUCCAAAAGUUUUUCAAGUUGUACAAGCAAAUUCUUCGGCAAAAGCUAGCAUGGAGUAUGCAGGAUUGGAUGGGUGUGGUAUUAUUUGGUACAGAAGGAAGCGACGCGAACUCAACAUGGAAGAACAUUCAGAGUUUACACGAACUCAGAGUUGUUACUCUGGACGAUUUACAACUGGUCAGAAAACUAAUUAAAAGCGGCAUGAAGGAUUACCAGAGCAUGAAAUCCGAGGAUGGUUACCCGCUUCAUGACGCGUUGACAUACGCCAUGGAUAUCUUCUUAAAGAUAAAGACAGUCCUUACCAAACGCAGGAUAGUUCUGAUUACUUGUCACACCCCUAAACUCGCGGACGAUGAAAAACAUCGCAUCAGAUCGAAGGCAGCAUCCUUGAAAGACUUGGACAUUAAAUUGUACGUGAUUGGUUUGGGAAACAAUUGGGUGCACGAUCAGUUCUAUAAAGAUUUAGAGAUGCUGUCAAGGAAGACGGACAUAGAUGUUUACAGAAUGACAUCACUGGUGGAUCUGGUGCAGCAGAUUAAAGCGCCGUCCAAAAAUAUUGCGAGAUUAAGCUUUCAGGUGUGUGAUGGUCUGGAGAUUGAUUUGGUCGUGCGUACUUUGGGCAGAAAACGCAGAUGUUUGCAAACAAAAUCGCUGAGCAAAGCAACUAAUCAAGUUUUAUCGAGAUCGACGUAUUUCAAGGGUGAAGAGGCUUACAAAAAGGACAGUGACAGUGACAGUGAGGAACCUGAUUUACCUUUUGUGAUACCAGAAGAAGUUAACUUGGAAACUAAGGAGUCGAUCGGUGGUAUGAAGCUGCGUUUCACGCAAAAGGAGCUGCACCGGAUAAAACAUAUACAUCCACCAGCCAUCAAGAUAAUUGGUGUAAGGCCUAUACCCGACGAUCUUUUCAGAUAUCACAUUAAACGGAAGUACUUCGUCAGAGCAGAUUACGGUAGCACUCGUAAAGACAAUCUAUUGUUCUUUGGUGCUUUAUUAAAUAAAUGUGCCACUCAAGGAAGAAUGAUAGUGUGCGCGUUCACGAUGCGGAUGAAUACUCAAACUAAUCUCUGCUACAUGAUUCCAAAUGCUGAACUGGGCGGUUUUUAUCUAUCGAGAAUUGCAUUCCAAGGGGACAUAGGAGACAAGAGCGAAGCAUUGCUGCAUUACGACGCCCAGAAUUGUGUAACCGAUAAGCAAGUUGCGCUGUGGAAAAAAGCAAUUGAUCGACUCGACGUGAACUACCAUCCGUAUAUGUUCAAAUCCUAUAAAUUGGAGUGUCAAAUACAAAUGGUGGAGAAGUACGCUCUGGACAAAGAACCCGGUUCUCCGCCGAUCGAUAUCAUCGAGCAAUCAUUUUUGAAGACCUAUAAGAAAACAGCUGAUUUAGUGCCCGAGUUUAAGAACAUGUAUAUAAGCAAAUCCGACGGUCCGACUAAAGCAAAAAGGGCUAGAAAAAACAAGGAAACAUAAUUAUUCAACAAUUGCGUGUAAUUAUAUAAUAAAAUACAACGCAAUCUUGCGUGAUGAAAAUAUUUUUGAUAAUAUAUAAAAAAAAUCACACUUUAUUGAAGUUACUUUACAUGAAGAGGAACUUAUAAGAAAAAUGGAUACUACUUAUUAAAGUAUAUAAAAGAUAAAAACACUUGUUUUUAAACAUUAUAUUUUAUUCCACAAUAAAAAUGCACUUACAAUAUA